AUGCGCUUCUCAGUCACCACCUCUCUCGCCGUCCUGGCCACCGUCUCCAACGUCUCAGCCUGGGACCUCACCGCUUACAGCAACGUCAAAGACUGUAACCCCGACGACGAAACAGAAUAUCAAAUCCUCGAGGGCAACCAGGGCAACUGCUACACCUUCGGCUGGAGCAUGCCUGGGGUGAGCUGCGGCCACUUUACCGGCGGCGGCAUCGCCAACCAGGGCUGCAAAGGCCUGUUCACGGCUAUUGCCAUGUACGCUCACGAGAACACCGACUGCAGCUUCUAUGCAGAGGACGAUUGCCGCGGAGUCGCUACUGUUAGGGAUUCUAACACCUGUAUUAGCAUCAAUGAGUUGCUCAGCGGGGGUAGCUCCCCGACCAGAUUUGCUUCGUUCAAAUGCCGUAACACUGAAUAA